AUGUCGCAGAUGUACCAGCCCUCUAACGCACUGCUGCUGGCUGGAAGCUGCAGUGAACUCAGUGUUGUUCGCACCGGGGAGAGGAGCGGUGCAACGUUCACCCAGCAGCCCACAGACCUGGUGGUGGUGGCAGGCCAGCCGGUCACCCUGCCCUGCUCUAUCCCCGGGUACCACGGCAUGGUGCUCUGGCUCCGUGACGGCAUGGCCCUGGGGGUCAACAGGGAUCUGUCAGGCUACCCACGCUACGAUAUCGUCGGAGACCACAGUAAAGGGGAAUACCACCUGUUGAUCCAGAGGACGGAGAUGCAAGACGACGCGUUCUUCGAGUGCCAAGCCAUCCAGGCAGCUAUCAGAUCACGACCCGCCCGCCUCACUGUGUUGGUUCCUCCUGAUGACCCAGUGAUAGUGGGUGCUCCGGUGGUGAGUCUACGGGCCGGUGACCACCUCAAUCUCACCUGCCAUGCCAACAAUGCCAAGCCCGCCGCCUCCAUCAUCUGGAUCCGCAACGGCCUGGUCCUGAGUGGUGCUAUGUACUCCAAGACCCUGCUGCGUGAUGGAAGGAGGGAGAGUACAGUCAGCACGCUCUAUUUGUCUCCCUCUAACAUCGAGUCCGGACAACAGAUUACCUGUCGUGCCUCAAACAAAGCAGCCCCCAAUGGAAAAGAUGCCACCGUCACAAUCGACAUUCAGCAUCUGCCCCUGGUCAACCUCACCGUGGAGCCACAGCCUGUUCUGGAGGGAAACCUGGUCAAGUUUCACUGCUCGGCCAAGGCCAACCCACCUGUCCUCUACUACAGGUGGGCCAAGGGUGGCAGUGUGAUUCCAGAAGUGUCAGAUGACACCUACGAGGUGGUUGUGGAUCACUCUUUCUUCACCGAGCCGGUGUCCUGCGAGGUCACCAACGCACUGGGCAACACCAACAUCAGCAGGAACGUGGACGUCUACUUUGGACCCCGGAUGGCCGCGGAGCCGCAGUCUCUCCAGGUGGACCAGGGCUCUGAUGCUGUAUUCAACUGUGCAUGGACAGGAAACCCCUCUCUCACCAUUGUGUGGAUGAAACGCGGCUCAGGAGUGGUGCUCAGCAACAAGAACACUCUGACACUGAAGGCGGUGAAGCAGGAGGAUGCUGGGAAGUAUGUGUGUCGGGCCGUAGUCCCCAGAGUCGGCGCCGGGGAAAAGGAGGUGACGCUCACUGUGAAUGGUCCUCCCACUAUCUCUAGCACCCAGACCCAGCAGGCACUCUACGGAGAGAAGGGUCAGAUCAAGUGCUUCAUCCGCAGCACCCCUCCUCCUGACCGCAUCGCCUGGUCCUGGAAGGAGACCGUGUUGGAGUCCGGGACGUCCGGGCGCUACACCGUGGAGACGGUGAGCACAGAGGAAGGCGUCAUCUCCACGCUGACCAUGAGUAACAUCGUCCCCGCCGACUUCCAGACCAUCUACAACUGCACCGCGUGGAACAGCUUUGGCUCCGAUACCGAGAUCAUACGACUCAAAGAGCAAGGGGGUGGUGGGAAGACUCUGCGGCUGGCUGUCAUCAUCGGCGUGGCCGUGGGGGCCUUCCUCGCUCUCUCCAUCCUCAUGGGGACUUUAGGUGCUUUCUGCUGUGCCCGAUUCCAGAGAAAGGAUGUCCAUCUGGUCAUGUCGUCUUUGCCUGUGUCCCUUUCACGACAGCGAGAUAUAAAAGCAGAGAAUCUCAAAGGAGUGGUCUCAGCAAAAAAUGACAUCCGGGUGGAGAUUGUUCACAAGGACCACAACGCGGCACGGGAGAGCGAUGAGCACACGAGCAUCAAACAGAUGAUGAUUGACCGCGGUGAGUUCCAGCAGGAGCCGGUGCUGAAGCAGCUGGAGGUGCUCCAAGAGGAGGAAAAGGAGUUCCAGCACAUCAAGGACCCCACCAACGGUUACUACAGCGUCAACACCUUCAAUGAGCACCACGCCACCCCUGCCAUGUCCCUGGCGCCCAGCCAGCCCCCCGACGUGGUUCGGAGCCCACCCAGUGGAACCAUGACCAUGGGCAAGCAGCGGGUGCCCACCGGCAUGUCUUUCACCAACAUCUACAACACUCUCGGCGCCGGUCCCAAUCGCCUGUACGACUACAGCCAGCGCUUCGUGCUGGGAAUGGGCAGCAGCUCCAUCGAACUGUGCGAGCGGGAGUUUCAGCGGAGCUCGCUCAGCGACUCCAGCUCCUUCAUCGACACGCAGUGCGACAGCAGCGUCAGCAGCUACAGCAAGCAGGACGGCUACGUGCAGUUCGACAAGGACAGCAAGACCUCGGCCUCCUCCUCGUCCCACUACUCCCAGUCGUCGUCCCAGAACUCAGACCUUACCCGGCCUCUGCAGAAACGCAUGCAGACCCACGUCUAACAGCCAGCGGGCGCCUCACUGGGAUAGCGUGGCUGGACGGGA